AUGAAAGUUGCAGCAACAACAGUACUCGCCAUCUCAAAGAAAAGCAUCAUAAUAUCUUUCUCGCCAACAAGGAUACCAGGCCUGAGCCAGGUCGCCUCUUCGAAGUCCCUGCACGACAUCCAAUAUGAACGGUGUUCCGUGCGCAAGAAGGCACAGAGAAGAAGACAAACCCCGGCGGACAGUUGCUACUGCGAUCUAGGGCGGCGGACGGUGAAGGCUUGUGGCCUGCUGGCUCCUGGGCUUCGAUCACGAUGUCAACCACCGACAGCAAAACACGUACAUGGCAACAUACCCCUCCCCAAGUCUGAAAUCAUGAACAUCAGGCAAGUCUUUCCUCGAGAUCCUGAACACUUCUUCCGAUAA